CAGCAUUAUCCUCCCCUCAUAAAUGUUGGUCUGACCUUGUCUAUGAAAGUUGCCUCCAUCUCAAAUGCGGCCCCAGCAAUCGGUCCAACGUCUCUACACGAAGUAUCCACGCCAUAUAAUCUCCAUUACGCAGAUUGUCUGGCUUUAAUGCGGGCUUAGAGCCGCUCAAACCGAUCCACGUUACGCAAAGCGAAAACCUGGCUGAGACAGCUCAGCAAGCCUAUCCGAUGGAGGCUGGACCGGAUCACGGAAAAAUUCGAACAACGGUGGAUCCUUUCGUCGCUGGCGGCCAUAAAUAAUUCUAGAAGAGUCGCUGCUCCAUCUUCACUUCUGUCCGCCAUGUCCUAUCGUCUCUCGUUACUUGUAUUUGCUGCCUCACACGUGUCAGCUCUAUGGCCAAUACCACAGAGUAUCUCAACGGGUUCUACCCAGCUACAACUUUCCCCUUCAUUCGAUAUCACGCUAAGCGGCAUCGAGACUCCGCCUGGUGACCUUACGGAUGCUAUAUCGCGAACAAAACAAUAUCUAUUCAACGAUAAGCUCCAGCGUUUGGUAGAAGGACGUGGGGCCUCCGACGCAGAUGCUAUCAGGAGCGCCCAACAUCUCACGAAGCUCACUCUUGUCUUCCAAGGAGAGAACGCGUUGACUAUUUCGGAGGAAGCGGUCGCGGAACUUGAAAGUCGCGUGGACAGCUAUACUCUCACAGUUCCUGCCAACGGCCAAGACGCCACCGUCACGGCAAAUUCGACACUAGGACUUUUCCGCGGUCUCACGACGUUCAGCCAGCUAUGGUAUGACUGGGAGGGCACUACAUACACCCCCGAAGCACCAGUUGAUAUCCUCGAUUCUCCGGCUUAUCCAUACCGAGGUUUCAUGCUUGACACUGCAAGAAACUUCUUCCCUAUCUCCGACAUCAAGCGCACGCUGGACGCCAUGAGCUGGGUCAAAAUGAAUACGUUCCACUGGCAUGUUGUAGACAGCCAGAGCUUCCCUCUCCAAGUUGCCGAGUUCCCCGAUCUAUCGGCCAAAGGGGCAUACUCUUCUUCGUUCGUUUACAGUACUUCGGAUAUAAAAGAUAUCGUUGCGUAUGCUGCUGCCCGUGGUAUCGACGUUUUGGCCGAAUUUGACACCCCCGGACAUACUGCCAUCAUUUCACAGGCGUAUCCUGAACACAUCGCAUGUGCAGAGGCUACUCCGUGGGAGACCUAUGCAAAUGAACCUCCCGCCGGUCAGCUCCGUAUCGCGUCCAAUGCCACCGUCAAUUUCACUACGUCUCUCGUCUCUGCCAUUUCCUCCAUGUUCACCUCCAAGUAUUUCUCUACUGGUGGUGACGAAAUCAAUGCCAACUGCUACGCGGACGAUGCUGCGACGCAAGCUGACUUGUCAGCAAGUGGAAAAACGUUCACGGAAGCUUUGUCCUCUUUUACACAAUCUACCCAUGAAGCCUUGCGCGCUGCAGGUAAAACUCCUGUAGUAUGGGAAGAAAUGCUUCUUGAUUACAAUGUUACGAGCCUUGGGAAUGAUACCAUUGUGAUGGUAUGGAUCUCAUCCGACGACGUCGCGGCUGUUGCGGAGAAAGGAUACAAGCUCGUGCACGCAGCAUCUGAUUACUUCUACCUCGACUGUGGUGCCGGCGAGUGGCUUGGCAAUGAUGUCUCUGGGAACAGCUGGUGUGAUCCUUUCAAGACGUGGCAAAAGGCGUAUUCAUUUGAUCCUACGGCCAACCUGACAGAUGAGCAAAGUCAGCUGGUGUUGGGUGGUCAGCACCUCCUUUGGACAGAGCAAUCCUCACCGUCGAAUCUGGAUCCGAUUGUCUGGCCUCGAGCGGCAGCAUCUGCGGAGCUGUUCUGGAGUGGUCCUGGGCGGAAUGGCACUGACGCACUUCCUAGACUUCACGAUAUCGGUUUCCGCUUCAACCAACGUGGUGUGGCGGCGAUCGCUCUCCAGCCAUUAUGGUGUGCCCUGAGGCCCGGUCUUUGCAAUGCUUAAUGCUUUCUUUGAUAUCUGUAUAUCCCUAUUUCUUGACGACCAGAAUGACUGUUGUCAAUGCACUAGCUGUCAUCGUUGUAUUCACCUGCCAAUAAAUGUGUAGCUGAAUCCAUGUCCUAUGUUGAAAUGUCCUAUGCCAGCUUGUCUCGUUA